UUGGCGCUCGUGUCGCCGUUUUUUCUGUGGGGGACGUCGAUGGUGGCGAUGAAAGGGGUUUUGCCGGUGACGUCGCCGAUGUUCGUCGCGUCGGUGCGAUUGAUUCCGUCGGGGUUGAUUUUAGUGGCGUGGGCGCUGAGUAAGGGUCGACCGAUGCCGAAGACGGCGACGGCGUGGGGCGCCGUCGCGGCGUUCGCCGUCGUCGACGCCGCCAUGUUUCAAGGGUUUCUCGCGGAAGGAUUGCAGCGCACGUCGGCGGGGUUAGGUUCGGUGAUCAUCGAUUCGCAACCGCUCACGGUGGCGAUUUUGGCGUCGAUUUUCUUCGGCGAGACGCUCGGCGUCGAGGGCGUCGCGGGAUUGGCGCUCGGCGUUCUCGGUCUGUUAUUGCUCGAACUUCCGGAAGAUGCGUUGAAAUCCGUUGUGAACAGCGACGGCGCCGACGCGCUCAGCGCGUUGCGCCUCGAAGGAUCGUUGUGGGACAGCGGCGAGUGGUGGAUGUUGCUCGCGGCGCAGUCCAUGGCCGUCGGCACAGUCAUGGUGCGAUGGGUGUGCAAGUACGUCGACCCGGUGAUGGCGACCGGGUGGCACAUGGCGCUCGGCGGCGUGCCUUUGCUCGCGUACUCUCUCGCCACGGAACCGGAACUUUAUUCGCAUUUGUCUCUGAGCGGCGCCGACGUCGCGUCGCUGUUGUACGCGUCGGUCUUCGGCGGCGCCGUCGCCUACGGCGCCUUCUUCUACUUUGCCACCAAGGGGUCACUCACGAAACUCAGCUCGCUCACGUUCCUCACUCCGAUGUUCGCCGCCGCGCUCGGGUAUCUCACCCUGGACGAGACGCUCAGCGCCACCCAACUCGGCGGCGCGGCGGUGACGCUCGUCGGAAUUUAUUUCGUCAACACGCGC